UGACGGACAGCGCCGCCAGCCAAUGGCAGCGGGAGGGUGGGGCCGAGCCGCGCUGCGUCGCCGCCAUUUUGUGAGGCUCGAGCGGCGGGCAGGGACGCAGGCUUGGCCACGAUGGUGAAGCUGUUCAUCGGGAACCUGCCGCGGGAGGCGACGGAGCAGGAGAUCCGCUCGCUCUUCGAGCAGUACGGCAAGGUGCUGGAGUGCGACAUCAUCAAGAACUACGGCUUCGUGCACAUCGAGGACAAGACGGCGGCCGAGGACGCCAUCCGCAACCUGCACCACCACAAGCUGCACGGCGUCUGCAUCAACGUGGAGGCCAGCAAGAACAAGAGCAAGGCCUCCACCAAGCUGCACGUGGGCAACAUCAGCCCCACCUGCACCAACCUGGAGCUGCGGGCCAAGUUCGAGGAGUACGGCCCCGUCAUCGAGUGCGACAUCGUCAAGGACUACGCCUUCGUGCACAUGGAGCGGGCCGAGGACGCGGUGGAGGCCAUGCGCGGCCUGGACAACACCGAGUUCCAAGGCAAGCGGAUGCGCGUGCAGUUGUCCACGAGCCGGCUCAGGACCGCGCCCGGGAUGGGAGACAAGAGCGGCUGCUACCGGUGCGGGAAGGAAGGGCACUGGUCUAAAGAGUGUCCGGUAGAUCGCCCGGGGCAAGUGGCUGACUUUACCGAGGCCUAUAAUGAGCAGUACGGAGCGGUGCGCACUCCCUACCCCGCGGGCUAUGGGGAGACCAUGUAUUACGAUGACGGGUAUGGCGGAAUGGUCGACUACUACAAGCGCUACCGCGUGAGGUCCUACGCGACGGCCUCCGCGUACGACGCCUACGCGGAGCAGACCAUGGCCCAGUACUCGCAGUACGCGCAGUACUCGCAGGUGCAGUCCACGGCCAUGGCCGCCACCACAGCCAUGGCCAGCCGCAUCCCCACCACCCUAGACCCGUACGAUAGAGCUCUGCUGCCGACCCCGGGCGCGGCCGCCGCCGUGGCCGCCGCCGCCACCGCGGCCGCCGCGGCCGCCUCCUCCACCUAUUACACCCGCGAUAGAAGCCCCCUGCGCCGCACGGCAGCCGCGGCCACCACCGUCGGAGAGGCGUACACUUACGAUCGUAGUCAGCUGUCGCCGGUCUCGUCGGUCGCUCGGGCCUCCCUCUACGACAUGCAGCGGUUCGGGCGGGACCCGUACGCGGACCGGGCGCGGUACUCGGCGUUUUGAGCCGGAGGUAAGAUAUUUGCGGCUGGACGUCGGGUUCCUGUUGCACAUGAAAUCUGUAUCACGCGCGUCAAACCGUGCUGGGCUUCAGAGCAUACCUAUUGCAGCUAACGAAUUUGUUCCUAACGGACACUUCGGCUUCUUCGUAGUCUAGCGAGGAGUAACUUAACUUCCCUUUGUUUUUCAGGAAUCGCUUUGAAUUAGUUUUGUGGCCCCCGCUUCCCUGGCAGCAGCCCUCCCCUCCCCGCUGUCUCCAGCCCCAGGCCGCCCCUAGCUGGUCUAGGCCCAGGUUGAGCUAGCGUAGCCGUAGCUCCAGCUUCGCUUCCCGCUUCCCUCCGCAGCCACGCUCGGAGCUGCUCCUCCUCUGGCAGUUUGCGCUGUAGCCUCCCUUUUUUAUUUUUUUAAAGAACGUGUUUAUUUUUUAAAGGGUGAAUAAUCAGUCUUAACUUUUUAAUACUAAAUGAUGUCGCUUUCUUGAUACUGCUGAGCCCCGCUCCCUCGAGCCCGGCCCGUGUUGUGCCACCCGUGCGGGAAAGACAUUAUGUUUGGAACGUAAACUGUGAUUCUCCUCUCGGAAGCUUAGCGUCGCUUGAGCGCUCUUUCCAGUAAAAUAAACUCUUACAUGGAUACGAA